AUGGAUGACUUUGACAUUGUGGCUUUCCGUAGUCUUGACAAAGUUCAGCCGGCUGGCAAUGUCCGUGUUCCGGAAGAGCAAAAACGGAACGUUCACGGCUUUUUCAUCAAAUAUUUUCUUCAAGGUGCGUUUAUUAAACUCUUCUUGUAUUAAAACACUAAAAUCUGAUUAGAAUCUGGAGAGAAACUACUAUAAUAUCAGGUUUAAAAGUAACAAAGCUUGGCAAGGUUUUUAUAAAUUAUUAAAUUGGUGAAGCUGAAUACUUUAAAGUGGUUUAAUUUUAAAUGUUUUUCUUUUUUUUUAUUUUCAAAAUAAUUUUUUUACCUAAUACCUACUAUUUUAUUUUAUACUUUUCAGGCCAAAACCUUGAGGAUCAUUUGAAAGUGCAAUUGAGUCAAAACGAAUGGCAGAACCAGUCGUUCCACGAGAAGUAUCGAAAGUAUUUCGCGUUGUUGUUGCCGUUCCUCUUCUUUCACGUCUGUUGGUGGCCAUUGGCUUUGAAAUACGAUGUUUUGUCACUCUAUUACACUCGGUAUGAGCUGCCAGUUACUAUGAUUUUUGGAUCUUUUUUGGCUGGUAAGUUAUCGCGAUAUUAUCAACGGUUCCAACUUAUAUAGAAAAAAUAUAACUUUUUGACUAUAACAACUUUAAGGUCGUAUAACAAACUUGUCGUUGUAAAAAGCUAUGUUUUACAUAAAUAAUAGCGUAUAGUAUAGUAAAUACAUUAGUAAAUACCAAAAGUCACAAUCUAUUGUUUAAUUCUCUAGGAGCGACAUCAGAAGGCGGUGGAGCCGUCGCUUUCCCGGUUAUGACACUACUUUUGAAGAUUGCGCCAAAAGUUGCUCGCGACUUCUCUCUGAUGAUUCAGUCUUGUGGCAUGUCAGCAUGUUCUUUCACCAUCUUGUACAUGAAGAUCAAGUUGGAAUGGCAUUCUAUCAUCUGCUGUAGCUUUGGCGCUGCCGUAUCUGUCAUUUUUGGAUUAGAGUAUUUGGAUGAUAUUAUUGACAGUAAGUUAGUUAAAUGUUUUCUUAGUCGUUCUACUGCGAGAUUUGAGGAUAAAGAAUAAGAAUAUCUUUAGAUCCUCUUUUAUAUACAUCACGUUUGCAGACCAACAGAAGAAGAUGAUCUUCGUGUCCAUCUGGUUUGCCUUCGCCGUCUCCUUGUUCAUGUUGAAUCUCCAGAAGAAGCGACAGACUUUUGAUCAAAUCCCGAAUUUCACAAUUUACCAUGCCAUCGUAUUGGUCAUUACUGGAAUGUUUGGUGGUCUACUGAGUGCUUGGACUGGCUCUGGAGUUGAUAUUUGUUCCUUCUCGAUCCUGACCUUGUUGUUCAGAGUAAGCGAGAAGGUGGCUACACCAACAUCGGUGGUUCUGAUGUGGUUGAAUACGUGGGUGGGAUUCUACUGGCGAUAUCUGAUGCAGGGUGACAUCAGUGGAAUGGCUUGGGAAUAUUUUUCGGUACGUUUGAAUACUUUUUAUAUUAUACUUAAACUGUAUUUUAAGAUUGGUUUUAAAUCGUAAAAAAGGUCAAAAAGUUCAUAGAAAAUAGAAAAAAGCGGUAGGAAAGUCUAGAAGAACCCGCGAUAUAUUUUUAGUGUAAAAAGGGUCAUAUUUGAUGAUGACACUUUCCCUGAACAUACUUUAGGUGACCGUACCAGUAGCAGUCACGAUGGCACCAUUAGGCUCACUAUGUGCUUCAUUUCUGCAUCGUCAGGUGUUGGCAGGCUUCAUCUACAUCUUGGAGACGGUAGCAUUACUCGGGUUCUUGGCUACAAGGCCAUGUUAUGUGCUUGUUAUCACUGGAUUUGGCAUCAUUUGCGUUUCGUAAGUUUUUUAUUGAUCGUUUUUUCGAUUUGAAUUUAAAAAAAGUAAAUUCAAAUCCAUUCUGGCAGCCAACUGAUCUUGUCCUUUUAUAUUUUUCAAAGAUCAUAUCAUAGUAGCUAGAGCAGGGAAGCUAGCCAUUAGUUCGGGUGAGGACAGAAAGGGCGGGGUACGAGUGAGAAUGGGCGGUAAAUCAGUGCUUGUUUAAAAAAAAGGUGAGGGCAUGGAUUUAGAAUCUCCUUGGAUCUGUUUUUCGGAUCGAGCCUUCUGAAUCCAGGCCUAUCCUCCCCGAGCUAUUCGUUAUACGGAGGGUCCACUGUAAUUAUUUUGAAGAAUUGAACACCACACAGUAAAAAUAUUGCUUUCUAGAAGCAUUUUCUUUCUUGUCAUCAUCAAAAUUGGUAAAAUUUUAUGCGACAAAGUUGAAAGAGGUUCUGCGAGCUUCGAAGCGCCAUCAUCUUCUGGUUCCACCAACUUUACUGUCGAAAAGGUUGUAUUUUAA